AUGAGGAACAAAGACAAACAGAACGCGAUCGAGCUCGCCACACCCACUCGACGUACUUCUGCUUCUGUGCCACCGCUCUGGGGAAAUUCACCCUACGCUACAUCAACUUCAAGCCCGGAGCUUUUCAGAUCUGCCGCGAACCAGACAAAUGAUGGGGACGACAAACUCAAGAGAAGGACAUCCGACAGACAUAAGGCGUCGACCAAUUGGGGCAUGGACGCCUCAGAAUCCACUAGCCCAAAGCCUGGGAUCUCAGCGCCGAGUGGUAUACGCCCAUUUAGCUCCAUUUGGGGUGAUUGCAAGGAGAACAAUGGCAACAGUCUUCCCGAGCCAACAAGCCUGAAAACGGAUUGGACCAGUGCUAACCAUAAGACAAGCGCAACUGAUGACAUGGUGAGUAAUCUAGAGGGAAACUACCCGAAUGAUACCAAGUUCUUGGUGGAGGCUUCGAACCAGGAAGGAAUGGCUCCUGUCUGGGUGUCGUUUCAGAAUUUCCCGUCCGCAUCUUCGUUCUUGGAGCAUAUGGCUGCUCAAUGUAGAGUCGAUGAGUGGAGUCCGUCUCAACAGAUUCUGGCGGAAAACUCGAACUGGCAGACUGGGCAACCGGUCCUUGCAGCUUCCGUCAGGUUUGAAUGGUCAGGAUUUGAAAUUCGUGUCCGGCAGGGGGUCGAUCACGACCUGACUAUUGUUUUCCAAGAACUACAGAAGGCUUGGAAGGCUAAGGAACUCAAUCUGGAUGGUGGCUCAGUUCAGCAGUUCAGGGUUAAAGUGAUGCUCCACGUUCGUUGA